AUGGGGGCGCCGCCGUGGGCGAUCUGGGCGCUGCUGCUGCUUCACCAGGCCGCGCGCGUGCUUGCAAACACGGAAGGUGAUGCAUUGCAUAGCCUAAGAACUAACUUAAAUGAUCCCAAUAAUGUGCUACAAAGUUGGGAUCCAACUCUGGUCAAUCCGUGCACUUGGUUUCAUGUUACUUGCAACAACGACAACAGCGUUAUCAGAGUUGAUCUUGGAAAUGCUGCAUUAUUUGGUACUUUGGUGCCACAGCUUGGUCAGCUAAAAAACUUGCAAUACCUGGAGCUCUACAGUAAUAACAUCAGUGGCACAAUACCUAGCGAACUUGGAAACCUCACAAACUUGAUCAGUUUGGAUUUGUACUUAAACAACUUCACUGGUCCAAUACCCGAUUCGUUGGGGAACCUAUUGAAGCUACGAUUCCUGCGUCUUAACAACAACAGUCUUUCGGGCACAAUUCCUAAAUCUUUAACUGCUAUUACUGCUCUCCAAGUUCUGGAUUUGUCAAAUAAUAAGCUGUCCGGAGAAGUUCCAUCAACCGGUUCAUUUUCAUUAUUCACCCCUAUCAGUUUUGGCAACAACCCUGCCUUAUGCGGUCCUGGGACUUCAAAACCUUGCUCCGGCGCUCCUCCCUUCUCCCCACCUCCUCCAUAUAACCCUCCAACCCCUGAGCAAUCACCAGGAAGUAGUUCCUCUAGUACUGGAGCAAUUGCUGGUGGAGUGGCUGCUGGUGCUGCCUUGCUAUUUGCUAUUCCUGCAAUUGGUUUUGCAUACUGGCGCCGCAGGAAACCGCAAGAGCAUUUCUUUGAUGUACCUGCUGAGGAGGAUCCAGAGGUCCAUCUUGGUCAGCUUAAAAGAUUUUCACUUAGAGAAUUACAAGUUGCUACGGAUACCUUCAGCAAUAAGAACAUUCUUGGAAGAGGUGGAUUUGGCAAGGUCUACAAAGGGAGACUAACAGAUGGUACACUAGUAGCUGUCAAGAGACUGAAGGAGGAGAGGACACCUGGUGGGGAGCUACAAUUUCAAACAGAAGUUGAGAUGAUUAGUAUGGCUGUACACAGAAACUUAUUGCGUCUUCGUGGAUUCUGUAUGACACCAACAGAAAGGUUGCUUGUGUAUCCAUACAUGGUUAAUGGAAGUGUUGCAUCACGUCUAAGAGAACGAGGGCCAGCUGAACCGCCACUGGAUUGGCAAACGAGAAGAAGAAUUGCAUUGGGUUCUGCCAGGGGCCUCUCCUAUUUACAUGAUCACUGUGAUCCAAAGAUCAUCCAUCGUGAUGUGAAAGCUGCAAAUAUUUUAUUAGAUGAAGACUUUGAAGCUGUAGUGGGGGAUUUUGGUUUGGCCAAACUAAUGGAUUACAAGGAUACCCAUGUAACAACUGCUGUGCGUGGAACAAUUGGGCAUAUUGCACCAGAAUAUCUUUCAACAGGAAAAUCCUCAGAGAAAACUGAUGUAUUCGGUUAUGGAAUUAUGCUUUUGGAGCUUAUUACAGGACAGCGUGCCUUUGAUCUUGCUCGCCUUGCCAAUGACGACGAUGUCAUGCUACUUGACUGGGUGAAAGGAUUGCUCAAGGAGAGAAGGUUGGAGAUGUUGGUGGAUCCAGACCUACAGACCAACUACAUUGAUGUUGAGGUGGAAUCGCUGAUCCAGGUUGCGCUCCUUUGCACACAGGGCUCCCCCACGGAGCGCCCGAAGAUGUCGGAAGUGGUAAGGAUGCUUGAAGGCGAUGGUCUUGCGGAGAGAUGGGAUGAGUGGCAAAAGGUGGAAGUCUCACGGCAGGAGGUAGAGCUGGGUCCUCAUCGAAACUCUGAGUGGAUCGUCGAUUCCACUGACAACCUCCACGCAGUUGAGCUAUCAGGGCCAAGGUGA